GGUAAAAAAAUAGUAGCAGAAGCAGUCGUCGCUCGUCACAUUGGCUUUGCCUUGAAUUGCAUUAUUAUAUAAGGCUGUUCCGGCUGCUGCCGGGGCAUCACCACAAGUCCACAACUACUUGCUUGUUAAAUAUCCGUCGUGCUCAUGACAUGCUUGCCUUCUUCUUCUUCUUCUUCCCCCCAACACCGCAUGGUCUUCUUCCCAGCGCGACGUUGAGUUCCACCCCCAUCAUUGCCUCUUCCCUUCUUCGCCACAAUCAUCGAAGCAUUCUUCGUGUUCUUGUUCAGCACCUCUUACCUCCCCUUUGGCUCUGGGAUCAAAGAGGGAACCUGGAAUACAGAAAAAACACAACAGAGGAGUUCGUUUAAGUUGGCAAGAAUGGUGGAGGCCGUGGGAUCCUUUGGGAGCAGAGGCGUCGGCAUUGCGGGGAUGAGCAGCAGCACGCUGGAGGAGGUGCAGAUGCAAGAGACCCUCGUCUUCUCCGACACCAUCAAGGAUCUCAAGACUCUGAGGUCACAGCUCUACUCCGCCGCCGAGUACUUCGAACUUGCCUACAUGCAGGAAGAGGGGAAGCAGGCGGUGAUGAGCAACCUCAAGGAAUACGCCAUGAAGGCCCUUGUCAACACCGUUGACCACCUGGGCUCCAUAUCAUUCAAGGUCUCCAGCCUCAUCGACCAAAGGUUCGGUGAGGUCGCCGACACCAAUCUCCGGGUCUCUUGCAUCCAGCAGAGAACUCAAGUUAGCCAAGCCUGCAUGGACAGAGAAGGCUUUUCACAGCAAUCCUUGGUGAUCACUGCCCCUAACUAUCACAAGAGAUACAUCUUGCCAGCUGGAAACCAGUCAAUGCCCAGUGCCGUGCCCAACUUCAGGGAGAUGAACAAGGUCACAAACAGGACUGCGCAGAUGCACCAAGUAUUCAGUGCAGCCCAACCAAAAGCCAAGGAGAAGCAGCCUUCAUUCAGCAAGUUGCGAUCAAUUGCCCGUGCACCUUCACAACGUGCACGUUCAGCAUCACCAGCACAGCGUUCACAUUCCGUGCCACCAUCUGAGACUGCUAUACCCACCAAUAGAGACAGGCGAUCAGAUUCGCCAAUACCUUCAGCAACUCCAUUGACAAGGUCUGGCUCAGUCUCAAAGAAGGCAUCCUUGCUCAAGACAUCAAGUGUCAGAGUUCAGCCCAAGAAAUUGGCACCACUGAGGUCACAAGCUGGCAGGAGCAAAGACACUACGGAUGGUGAGCAUACCCCAAAGAAGGGCAGGAAGUUCCUCAAGUCCAUCCUCAGCAGGCGCAAAUCCAGAAAAGAUGAGCCCCUGCCCAGUUAUUUCGAUGACUACUGAGCCUUUACUACAAGAUUAGGUGGCACCACUAUCUGAGUCUAUCUCUAUACUCCACCAGCAGUGUUUUCAGACAAAGUGGUAUCUGUCCUCAAUAUUUUUUUUUUGAACAUAAAGGCAGGAGCUCUGCCGCUGAAAGAAAUUUUUUGUACAAGAAAUGUUAACCCAACGAGAUGCCAAAAAGAGGCGUCUGAGGGGCCAACCAACCCACACAACGCGGUUGAGCACAAACACGAUGCGCCGCCAUGGGUCAUCGUUGCCGAGCAUAGAGCAAACUAGGAAGCUUGCUCUAUAUAAAUAUUGUCAUUGUAUAGCAGUAGUAUAAAGGUUGGUAUAUAAUGUAAGGUGAACAUGGGAAAUUUCAAAAAGACACCUCACCAACUUGCCUGGUU